AUGCGUCUCUUAAAGCUUGUCCCUUUUGUAACUCUGCUCAUCACGGCUGGUGUUGCGUUGGCUGCAAAUGUUAUAACACUUACAGCCUCAGACUUUAACUCUAUUGUCAACAAAGAAGCCCUGAUUAUGGUUAACUUUUUUACACCAUGGUGUAGUCAUUGCAAGGCUCUUGCACCAAAAUAUGAGGAGGCUGCAACAACCCUCAAGGCAGUAGGGAUCAAACUCGUACGGUUACGACCCGUUUCGGUCACGGUACGAUCUGUACUCGUACCGGACUUUGAGACACCAAAUACGGCUCGUAUAAAACGGGCCGUUUCCCGUAUCCUAUUAGGCCAAAUACGGCCAAAUACGGCCGUAUACAGAGUACGGACAUCCAAAGAAGAUUUUCAGUAUUAA